UCUCUCUCACUCACACACACUCACACACACUCUAUCACUGUCUUCAUUUCCAUAUUCAAAUUCAAAAAACAAAAAUAUAAUAAUAAUAAAAUAGAAAAAAAAAAGAAACGUUACCUUACCUGACCUCACCUGGGUCCUCUUCAAUGAUAUGCGCUGGUUAGGUUUCAUUUUCAGCUUUGUUUUCCGAUCCAUUUUCCGAACCAUCAUGGGGUGCCUUUUCACUUGCUUCAGAGUCCGCGAUAACAAACGCAACCUCCCGAAAACCGCCGCCGCCGCCGCCGCCGUCGCUGUUUCUUCUCGUCACAACAAAGCUAAUGAUGAUGUGGUGUCUCGAAAUCGUUUGUCUACAUUGUUUCUAUCUGACGAGGGAGAAGACAUUGUGCGCCGUAAUGGGAGGAUUUUUGAUGAGGGAUCUCAGGGAGAUAACAUGGAGAUUAAAGAUGAGGCCAAGUUUCUAAAAGCAUGUGGCACCAUAGUAAGUACCCCUGAUGAAAUUCGGAAAACAUCGGGUAAACUAAAAGCUUCACCUUCUUGUAGUAAUGAUUCUGGUCCUCCAAAGUUUCGUUCUUGGCUUCUUGAUACAUCUGCUCAGAAUGUUCCAAUUGACGCUCAACCAUUCAAUCCACCAACUCCGAACAAACAGUGUGAAGAAUCGGAAAAAAGAACAAAUUAUUCAGACCUCACGCCAAGCAGCUGUAUCUCCACUGCACACAAUACACAAUGUGAUUAUCAAGACUCUACGGAAGGAAGCGGGACAGGGAGCUGUCAUCCUACUGAUGGAACUGAAGUGAAUAAGGGGAGGAACAAGUCAGUGCAUUUUGAAUGUGAAACUGAUAUUUCUUCCUGUGAGUCAGUGGCUUAUGGUGGAUGGCAUAGGAAGAAAACAGAGUCACCAAGUCCUACCCCGACAAAACUAUCUGAAGGGAUGCAAACUCCCGGAACUGCUUACCCUGCAAAUUUAGAAGACUUGCCAAAUGAUAAGCAAGUUAAGUCCCAAUUUGUGUACCCAAAUUGCAGUGUCGGUGAGGAUGUCUCUAAGAACAAGAUACAUGAGGAAGUGGAUUAUGCUUCUGUGCAAGAUUCAAGGAAGCAGAGCGAAUCAAUUGAGCAGUCUCAUAAUGCAACUUCUACACCACGUAAAAAUGAAUCUCCAGUGGAAGAAAGCUUGUCUUCUUGGUUAAAGCCAGCAUCUGUCAUUUUGGAGGAAAGAAGAAAGAAAAUGGAGAUGGCUCAGAUCCGCAAAACUCCUGCUGACAGGCCCAUCAUUGGGAUGGUUGCUGCACAUUGGCAUGAAGAAGAAAAUUCUAGUGCUCCUCCUCCUAAGUGGUGGGAUGGCAAUGGAAUUCCAAAUUCAACUAAUAAAUACAAAGAAGACCAGAAAGUGAGCUGGCAUGCUACGCCCUUUGAAGAAAGGUUGGAGAAGGCAUUAUCUGAGGAUCCUGUCAUAUCUAAAAGGAAAGAUAUUUGCGGAAAACCAAUUGCUUUUGAUGAGAAUGAAGAAAGUGAUACUGCGCUGUCUCAGAUGAAAUCUUCAAUUCAUCCACAAUCUGUGGUGUCAUUUUGAUUACUUUAGUUGUUGUCUAUCUCACAUUUCAGUACUCUAAUAUAAGAUAUAUAUUUCUGGAUUAAGCCUCAGUGCUGAUUGGUUGGAACAAGCAAUCAAUCAUUUAAACUGUGAUACUAUAGAGUUAAACUGGCCACUUGUGUUGUACAUAAUUGCUGAGGAUUGUUGGCUGAUUGUUGAAUGUCUAGAUUUUACGUGAA